AUGAUUGAAAUGUAAACCUUGAGAAAUCAACCAACUUAGGCUAAAUUUUCUUUGUUGAUUAAUGCCUCUAGAACUUUAACUUAUUAAGAAUUAUUCAAUCUGGCAUACCCUUUUGCACUAUUCGAUAUUAAAACUCUUAAUGCAAGUCUGUAUGGUUAAUUUAAAGAAGUAUUCGUCACUAAAGCAUAGGCAGUCACAGUAAUAGAAAUUAAUAAUAAAAGGAAUCAUAACUAGAGGAAAUCAUCUCCUUAGUAGACUUUAUCCCUGGAGCAACAACUUCAUAGAUGAUGGUAGCUUUAGGUACUAUAGCAAUGAAAAAUGCUUAAGGUGGUGUAGUUGCAUUGAUAGCAUUUGCUACACCUGGAGCAUUAUUGUUAGCAAUAUUAGGUUUAAUAUAUAGUAAAUAUCCUGAUCCAAGAGAUUUGAACAUAUUGAUAUUUUUAGGAAUACAAGGAAUUAAAUCGAGUACAGUGGCUUUAAUAUUAUAGUUAAUGAUUUCUAUGGCUAUGCAUUCAAUAAAAAAUAGAGUGCAUUUUAGUUUAUCAGUUUUAAGUGCAGUUCUACUUGUAGCAUAUUAAUAAUCUUAUGUGUUAAUAUUAACCAUGAUGAUGGGUGGAAUCUUGGCUAUAAUGUUGGAAUAUGAUGCAGAAAAUACUAUAGGUCGAAGAACUUUUAUAAAAGAUCAAACUGUAACUCCAGCUAUUGUUAAUGAUCCAAAUUUAAUUAAUAUCAAAAAUAGUCAUAAAAUUAGUUUAUUAUUGGGAAAUAAAUCCUUAUAUUUAUAUACUAUCAUCCUAAUUGCAUUAUUAUAUCUAAAUUCAUCAUAUUAAUCAAUGAUUUUAGAUAUAUCCUUAUCCUUUUAUAAUAUAGGAACUUUUAUGAUAGGAGGUACUCCAAUAACAUUACCAUUUAUGUAUGCUGAAACUGUACUAAAUCCUUUAUAUAUAAAUGAAGAUGCAUUUUGGUUGGGAUUUGGACUGGCAGCUGCAUUACCUGGUCCAUAUUUGAAUUUCGCUAUAUUUUUGGGUACUCACAGCAUGGGUAUUUCUGGAGGAGUUUGUUGUUGGAUAGCCAUUUUUGUACCUUCAAUUCUAUAAAUUUGGGGAUUGCUACCUCAUUGGGGCAAUUUCAAAACUAACGUAUAUAUGACGAAAUUUAAAUAAGGAGUAGUCAGUGUGGCCAUAGGAUUUUUAGCCACAGCUGUAUAUUAUUCUUGGGUAGAUGCCUGUAAAUAUGAUAUGCCAACGGCUACUGUGAUAACAUUUUUAAGUUUAAUAUAUGUGAGUCUUUUGAAUUUUAACAGUCCAGCAGUUAUAUCUUUGGGAGCAGCUUUAUUCAUUAUUCGUUAUUUAGCCUUAUGGUAUUAUAGAGAAUUAGAUCCGGUGAUAUUUUAAUAAUGA